AGGUUCGAUGAAUUUAUCUUCGCCUUUUUUUCACUAGAAAUGACAAUCAAAAUGAUCGCUAUGGGAAUUUAUGGUAAAGGUUCCUAUUUAGCUGACUCAUGGAAUCGGCUGGACCUAUUCAUCGUCUUUGCCGGAGCAGUUGAGUAUGGUUUACCCAAUUUCAACAAUAUUAACCUAUCAGCGGUCAGAACAAUCAGGGUAUUGAGGCCUUUGCGAGCUAUAAAUAGGAUACCAAGUAUGAGAAUACUCGUUAUGUUGCUUUUAGACACUUUACCUAUGUUAGGAAAUGUGUUGUUGUUGUGUUUCUUCGUCUUUUUUAUUUUUGGGAUUAUUGGAGUUCAAUUGUGGCAAGGAGUUCUAAGACAACGAUGUGUCCUAGAUCGAGACCAGUAUCCAGACAUUGAUUUUCCUUCAGAAAUAGGGUACUUCUACAAACCAGUAGAUUCUGAUUUCAUUUGCAGUAAAAAUGCUAAUUCCGGAAUGCAUUUUUGUUCCGAUCUUCCAGCCUACAAAAAUGGAUCUAAAACUUGUAAUAUGACUGUAGAAGAAAAACAGCUGCCACCAUACAGGAAUAAUGAUACUUAUUGCAUCAAUUGGAACUACUACUUUUCACUUUGUUCCGAUAGAAAUCAUAAUCCUUUUCAAGAUACUAUUUCAUUCGAUAAUAUUGGUUUAGCAUGGAUCGCAAUAUUUUUGGUUAUAUCUUUAGAAGGAUGGACAGAAAUUAUGUAUUAUAUUCAAGACGGUCACAGCUUUUGGGACUGGAUUUACUUCGUUCUUCUUAUAGUGAUAGGAUCAUUUUUCAUGAUCAACUUGUGCCUCGUUGUUAUUGCUACUCAAUUUUCUGAAACGAAAAAACGCGAAAUGGAACGAAUGCGAUUGGAAAGGGCUAGAUUUCAAAGCACUAGUACUCUAGCUUCUUCAACGAAUAAUAGCGAACCUACUAGUUGUUACGCAGAAAUCAUUAAAUAUAUAGCGCAUCUUUGGAGAAGAGCGAAACGGAAAGUGAUGAAGAAGAUAAAGUUUUGUAGGUUAAGAAGAGAAAAGAGGAGAGAUAGGAUGAUUUCUGGAGAUACUAUUAGAUUAAAUUAUGCGAAACGCCAUCAUCCAAAUUGUUCGAGGAUGAUGCUAUUGAGUUCAACAAAUCUGCUUUCUCCACCUUAUGUUCUCAAUAAUAGGAGACGAUCUUCUGUGAUGUUUAGCGACAUUAUCAUUCUUCAUGGACAAAAUAAUACUGCAUCAACGCACAAGAAAAAUGUUUGCUCAAGCGAAAAGACAACUCAAGCAGGUGAUGGUAAUAUCUGGCAAAUAUCAGACUCAUCUAAUCAACAAAUUCAAACUCAACAAAUCCUACAGGAUUGCAAUAACAUAAUGAAUGGUGAAACAUUGACGUGCCAAGAGUUACUAGCGAUUGGAGCAAUUAAUGCAGCUUUAUCCACAGGCCAAAUUUUAUUAGAUACAUUUCUGAAUUCUCUUUCCAAAGGAAUAAGGAAAGAUCCCGAAAAUAAUUAUUUACAGCAGUUACCUGAUGAUGAUUUUUCUUGCUGUCACGACUUGUGGCAUUGCGAAUCAGAAUACAACAAUGAGAAACGUUCCAAAUUUUAUAUUUUCUGUUGUUUGAUUGUGAAAGGAUUUAUAAAUUUGUUAAAAGUGUUGAGAAAGAAAAUCAAAAUCAUAGCAGAACACAAACUUUUUCAGCAUGGAAUACUUUUAGCGAUUCUAAUAAAUACUCUAUCCAUGGGAAUUGAACACCACAAGCAAUCCGAUAUACUGACCCAAGGUGUGGAAGUUACUAAUAUUAUAUUUUCUGCUAUAUUUGCUGUUGAAAUGGUAUUGAAAGUUAUAGCGGAAGGACCCUUUGGAUAUAUUUCUAAUGGUUUUAAUGUUUUUGAUGGAAUUAUUGUGGUGUUAAGUGCAAUAGAACUAUUCAGGAACUUUACAAGCAACCAACAUACCGAUUCAGGUUUGUCUGUUCUAAGGACAUUCCGUCUUCUUAGGAUAUUAAAGUUAGUAAGAUUCAUGCCAAAUUUGAGACGUCAAUUAUUUGUGAUGCUCAGAACUAUGGACAAUGUAGCAAUAUUUUUUUCAUUAUUGAUUCUUUUCAUAUUUAUCUUCAGUAUCCUUGGUAUGAAUAUAUUUGGUUGCAAGUUUUGUAACGAUGACUCGUAUACCGAAGAAAAAGUAUGUAUUACAAAUAAAGAUGAGGACAAAGAUAGAAAAAAUUUCGAUUCUCUUUUAUGGUCACUUGUUACUGUAUUUCAGAUUUUAACUCAGGAAGACUGGAACAUAGUAUUGUCGAAUGGUAUGGCGAAAACUUCAAACUGGGCUGCUUUAUAUUUUGUAGCCUUAAUGACUUUUGGUAACUACGUACUUUUUAAUCUGUUAGUAGCCAUUCUAGUAGAAGGAUUCAGUUCCGAAAGACACGAACGAAGAGAAAGAGAGCAAAGGGAACUGGCAAGAAGGAAAAUGUCUUGCAUUAUUGAAGCAAGUAUACGAAAUUGUGAAAAUAGUAGUUCCCUUUCUAGUUCUUCGGAAAAUUGUUAUCAAGACAACAAAACAUGUUGGAAGUCUUCAGAUAUUAGAAAACUCAACAGAGGAUUAAAUGAACAUAUCUCGUCAAUUGCACUCUCCGUUAAUGAUUUUAAAGAUAAAUACACAAAUUGUUGCUACGUUUGUAAGGAUACGAAAUCAAAUAUCGAAAAAGAAGCAUUAACGAAACCUCCGGUGAAGCAGGCAUCUCCACCAAUUAUUACUCAUACAGCAGCAACUCCUCAGGACUCUCCAAGUACUAUUUUAAGAGAUUACCCGGAAUUUCGUUAUAAAGUUACAUCGGUGUCGAAUACUGCAUUAAAUGUUGAUGAUUCUGGUCACCAAUUUUCUUCCGAGUUAGUACCACAAAAUUUACCAAACUCAAACUUGCUCAUCCCUCCAAGACUGUCUCCUCCACCACUAACUUAUCGACAUUCAACAAAACAGCGCGGAUCUUCCGAUGAUUCGAACAAAAUGUGUAAAAUAAUAACAUACAAUGAAAAAAUUGGUGCGAACACAAUGACGUAUUCCGAGAAAAAUACUCCAGUUAUAAAUCCAAACGAUUCGAAACAAAGAAACAAAAUGCAGAGACAACCCUCGUUGAAAACAAACACAAAAUCAAGUUUAAAAAGGCCUAAAAGAUGUGGAGUCGAAAUCGAAACGGUUCGUUUAAACAACGGGAGAGAUCAUUUACAUUGCAAUGGUGGUGGAGGGGUUAGCAGGCAUGCCAAACACCGCAAAAGACAAAGCUCCUCAAGAAGAUCUCCUGUUAAACAUAAUGAAGCACUUCACAUCAAAAAUCAAAAUUUGAGCUUAAAUACCAGUCCUACUAAACUGCAAUUAAUAAACAAAUCCAGCGAGAGCGGAAUCAAUCAAAUACCAGUGGAAAAAUGUAUUAAAAUUAGCAUAUUUGGUAAAUUAGAAAAAUUUUUGGAAUCGACCUAUUGUUUAAGAAAUAGAGAAGAUUAUUCUUUAUAUGUGUUUUCACCUAAAAAUAAGUUUAGAAAAUACUGCUCAUGGAUAGUGAAGCAAAAUGGAUUCGACAAUCUCAUUUUAAUUUUUAUAGCUCUUAACUGUAUUACUCUAGCUAUGGAAAGGCCUAAUAUUCCACCAGAAAGUCCCGAAAAACUAUUUUUACAAUCGUGCAAUUAUAUAUUUUCCGUUGUGUUCGCUACAGAAAUGUUUGUUAAAGUUGUUGCCAGUGGUAUGUGUUAUGGCCCAAAUGCUUAUUUUACGUCUGGUUGGAAUAUUAUGGACGGUUCUCUUGUGAUAAUUUCUGUGGUUGAUAUCAUCAUGUUUUUAAUAAAUGACACAACUUCCAGAAUAUUUGGUAUAUUAAGGGUAUUUCGUUUGUUAAGGUCUCUUCGGCCUCUAAGAGUAAUAAACAGAGCUCCUGGUUUAAAAUUAGUUGUACAAACACUGCUUUCUUCUCUCAGACCUAUUGGAAAUAUUGUUUUAAUUUGUUGUACAUUUUUUAUUAUAUUUGGAAUUUUAGGGGUACAGCUAUUUAAAGGUACAUUUUAUUAUUGCGUUGGUGAAAAUUUGACUGGUAUUGAAACGAUGCAAGAUUGUUUGGCAAGAGGAGACGGUUAUUUAUGGAAAAAUCAAAAAUACAAUUUUGAUGAUUUAGUUCAAGCGUUAAUGUCGCUAUUCGUUUUGAGUUCAAGAGAUGGUUGGGUAAACAUUAUGUAUACUGGUCUUGAUGCUGUAGGAGUUGAUAAACAGCCAAAAGUCAAUUAUUCGGAAUGGCGUCUUCUAUAUUUCAUUGCAUUCAUACUAUUAGUAGGUUUUUUUGUACUUAACAUGUUCGUCGGAGUUGUGGUGGAAAAUUUUCAUAGAUGUAGAGAAGAACAAGAGAAAGAAGAAAAAAUCAGAAAGGCCGCAAAAAGGCAACUACAACUUGAAAAAAGAAGAAGAAAAAUGAACGAACUUCCCUAUUACAUUCACUAUGCUUCUUGGAGAUUAGAUAUCCACAAAAUAGUGACAUCAAAGUACUUUGAUUUAGCUAUAGCCCUAGUAAUAGGUUUAAAUGUAAUUACAAUGGCAACAGAGCGCUAUCAUAUGCCAGACUAUUGGGAAUAUGCCCUUCGGAUUUUCAAUUAUUUUUUUACUGCUGUGUUCAUUCUAGAAAGUACAAUGAAAUUAGUAGCCUUAGGUGUUAAAGUGUACGUCAAAGAUAGAUGGAAUCUUCUUGAUGUAGCAAUAGUGAUAUUGUCAGUAGUUGGAAUUAUUAUUGAGGAAAUUGUACAAGAUUUGAAGAUUAUACCUAUUAAUCCAACAAUAAUUAGGGUACUAAGAGUGAUGCGUAUUGCAAGAGUGCUUAAACUUUUGAAGAUGGCGAAAGGAAUAAGAGCACUUUUGGAUACUGUAAUGCAGGCGUUACCCCAAGUUGGAAAUUUAGGACUUCUGUUUUUUCUACUCUUCUUCAUUUUCGCAGCUUUGGGAGUAGAAUUAUUUGGAAGAUUGGACUGUAAUGCUACUCCAUGUCAAGGCUUAGGCGAGCAUGCGCACUUCCAAAAUUUCGGCAUGGCUUUCCUAACUCUCUUCAGAGUAGCGACUGGUGAUAAUUGGAAUGGGAUCAUGAAAGAUACAUUGGAAGAUGAACACUGUAGUUAUGCUGACGAUUGUAUUAAUAAUUGCUGCAUUUCGCCGAUCAUUGCGCCGAUAUUUUUUGUGAUUUUCGUAUUAAUGGCUCAAUUUGUUUUGGUUAAUGUCGUUGUGGCAGUUUUAAUGAAACAUUUAGAAGAAUCACACAAACAACUUGAGGAUGAACACGAUUUGGACGUUCAAAUCGAACAAGAAUUCGCCGAAAAACAAGAAAGAAAUGAAAGAGAACUAUAUUUGGCUUUGCAGCUUGAUCAGGAAUGUCAGAAAGAGAAACGAAAACUAAUUAAAGUCCUAUCACUGCCUUCUGAUUUCGUAUACAAUCCUCCUGGAACUGUCGUGGCUGAAAAACAGGAACCAUCAUCAGCACUAAACGCAGACUUGCAGCGUCAUCAGUCAAUAAAGCGACUCGGUCCCAAACAUUUUAAAAAUAUUGAAGAGUCAAUAACAGAUAUUUGCGAUAUUGAAGAGUCUGAUCAUUUUCCAGACAAGUGCAAUUUAAAUAUUUUACAAGAAACAAGCAAUAUAUUAAAAAAAGAUGAAAAGCCGACUUCUAAAAAUGAACUAACUCCGUCAUUUUUAAUGAUCCCUCAAGAAAUGAAACCAAUGAAACCAUCCGGAAGUUGCAAAAACUUAUUUCAAAAACAACUAUCCAUGGAUAUUGUUGAGGAGUCUUCUUUUUUGUUGACUAUUCCAAAAUAUAGCGACUCAAACCUUAGGUAUAAAACUCAAGAUGAGAGUAUUAGCGUAGAAAUAGAAGAUAACGAUAAAAGUUCAAACAAGGUUGAUCUUAUCUUGUAGAUCUAUUUUUAUAUCUCUAUACAUAGUAGUUAAGAAAACUUGUUAGAAAUAUUACUUUUCAUAAAUCUCUAUUAAAUAUUUAG